AUGGCUGACUCGUCCGCAGACGAGUCUCGCAGCUGCUCCGGGUUUGCCAAUGCAAUGCAUCACCGCGAUGCAAAACAUCGGGAGCUUGGCCUUGACCCUUCCGUCUUCCGAAGACCGCCCCAGCUGUCGCCUUUCCCUGGUCUCUCCUCCCAUCCCCCGUUCUCCCCGGAUCCGCUUCAACGAGAUUCUCCGAGCCCCUCAAUCCGGCAGUUCCCAGAAUUCGACAGCAGCUAUGAAGCCAAUCACCGACCGCUAGGCCCGACAAUCUCAUCAAAACCGUACCCGAUUGACCCCUAUGCAGGGACGGCCGCCGAUGUCAACAUGGCAGUGGGAAACUUCUCCCGCCCUCGGAAGCCGAGCGUCAGACAAGCAAAUAAGGAUCUACCCCAGUCACGACAGAGAACAAUUACCAUUCCCCAGCCCGAUCCGACAGGUCUCGACCUACCCUCCUCUAACAAUGUCUCCCCGAAUCCUAGCAUACAACAGACCGGAUGGCCCCGUGGACGGGGCCUUUCCGCUUCAUCGGCCAGGUCCACGAACACCUUUUCCUCCCUUCCACACCGACCGUCAAACGACCACAUCAACAGCGCCUACCGAGCCGGGUCCCUCCGACUCCCCAAUCCAUCUACAAAUCUCGCAAGGCCCCCCGUGUCCUUCAACAACGGCAACGGUUCCAUGCACAGCAGAGAAGCUCCACCUUGGGUGGCAACGGGAAACGACGAACUCCGGUCCAGUUUCAGAUCACAAUUGACGUCUUCGACAACGCAGGGGACGCUAUUCACUGCUACUGGCACUGAACGGAGCAGCGUUCUGACGAAAACGAGCAGUCUCACCGAGUCCUCAAUGCUCAACGGCUAUGCCCCGGCUGGUACCUCGGUGGACGAAGGACUCAGCGUGGAGGAUGUCAUGGGGAUGUAUGAGCAGGGCUUCGGGGAUGAUUCUGAUGACGGGGAGGACGACCCGGGCCUCGGCAGGCGGAAGUUUGGAGAUGAUGAGAAUGACACUCGGGAGAUCGACGUUGGCGUCAGCUAUGAUGAAUCGCGGCCGGAAACUGGGAAUUCGGAAUCAAGCAGGAUAGGAAACAAGACGCUGGACGCCAUGAGCGACACCUCCCGCGUGGACGGAGCACUGGACAUAUCGAACUCGAACUCGAACUGGGGACGAUUUGACGCCCGAGACUCGCCACGCGGGUUUAGGUCGCCUGGUUUCCCCAGUUCAUUACCAAAGGAUGUCGGAUUCGCUCUGGCAACCGCGGCGCUUGGGGGGGGCGGGCAGGAAAGUGGGAAUCUGGAGAGUGCCGCAAAGGGGAAUCAUGAUCUGGCCAGGACGCUGGGAGGAGACGACCAACCGAUAGUGCCGCAACUUGGAUCCGGGGAGUCCACGGCCCCCUCGAUGCAUCCCCAACCACCUUCCCCAACCGCCAACACCCCGGUCCAACCGUCGGCAUCUCGAUCUCCGACAUCUUCGCCACCCUACCAAGUACCCGAAGAACCCGUGGAAGAUCCGGCGGACCGUGACAGAUAUGGCUUCCGUAAGGCGAAUGCGUAUAUCACUCGGGAACAAUACGACACGUGGGAUUCGUCCUAUAGUGACUAUCUCGCUCGGAGGAGAAAGAAAUGGGUCGCAUAUCUCAAGGACAGCUCCUUAAUGACCGAGAACCCAAAUCGGUUUCCACCCCGGAAUGCUAAAACGAAGCGUUUCAUCCGCAAGGGUGUCCCGCCGGACUGGAGAGGCGCUGCAUGGUUCUACUACGCCGGUGGUCCAGCUAUUCUAGCUAAGCACGGCGGCGUCUACGAUCAGCUUGUGAGACGCGCUGGCCUGGAAGCCAGGGGGAAGGGCGGGGCUCAAUGGGAGAAGAGCGAGUUGAAGCAGCUGAUUAUCGAGGAUAUCGAGAAAGACCUUCAUCGGACAUUUCCCGACAACACGAAGUUCAAGCCGGCCCGUUAUGCGAAACCACCUCAAGAGCCCCCUUUGUCGAUGGCCAACAGUGAGGCAGCCCUCACAAACCCGUCUCCCGACCAAGCCUCCACAGCCGAUGGCCCCCGGGAGACGGAAAUCAUCUCUUCGCUUCGCCGCGUACUAUACGCGUUCGCCCUUUACAACCCCCGAAUUGGCUACUGUCAGUCGCUCAACUUCCUCGCCGGCUUACUCCUCCUCUUCGUCGACGGCGAGGAGCAGGCCUUCUGGUUGCUCAACGUCAUCACCAGGGUGUAUCUCCCGGGGACUCACGAGAUGAGCCUCGAGGGCUCCAAGAUUGAUCUAGCCGUCUUCAUGGCCGCGCUCCAAGACGCGCUCCCCAGCGUCUGGAAACAGAUCGCCGGAGACGAGGCCGAAGGAAUGGGAAAGCCGACCUGGAAGACGAGGGGAAAGCGGGCCAAGGGAGUGGCUUCGGCUUCGGCGUCUCCGGGUGGAGGCAACGACAGCUCGCCCGUCGACCCGAAUCGUCUGCCAUCCAUCACGCUCUGCAUGACAGCCUGGUUCAUGUCAUGCUUCAUCGGGACGCUCCCGAUGGAGACCGUCCUCAGGGUGUGGGACAUAUUCUUCUACGAGGGAUCCCGCACCCUCUUCCGCGUGGCGCUGACCAUCUUCAAGGUCGGCGAGUCGGAGAUCAAGUCGGUGGCCGACCCGAUGGAGAUGUUUGGCGUGGUGCAGUCCCUGCCCCGGCGGCUGCUCGACUGCAACGCCCUGAUGGAGGCGUGCUACAAGCGGCGCAACGGGAUCGGGCACCUCAGCCAGGAGGCCGUCGACGAGCGGAGGCAGGAGCGGAGGGCCGGGAUCCGGACGUGGAGGGCCGAGCAGGAGAGGGCCAGCGCGAGCCCCACCCAGGAUCCCGACCCGCUCGGGGCAGGAGCGGCGGCGGCCGGCCUGGACCUGGCCGCCCACUUCGCCGACAUUGACGUCCGGCGCAAGGGGACCCUGUUCGGCAGGCGCAAGGAUCGGGAAAAGGCCAGGGCCGCUGAGGUGAUGUAG